AUGAAGGCGACCACUGCUUCUGUCUUGCUGGCGCUGACUGCUGCUGUCAACGCCCGUCCUACGGUUGACACAGAGUACCCAUACAAGGGUCCUGCGGUCCCGGUCGGUGAUUGGGUUGACCCCAGCGUCAAUGGCAAUGGCAAGGGCUUCCCUCGUCUCGUGGAACCUCCUGCGGUCAAGCCGUCCUCCGCCAACCCGACCAACAAUGUCAAUGUGAUCUCGCUCUCAUAUCUUCCCCGUGGCGUCAACAUUCACUACCAGACUCCCUUCGGUCUGGGCCGCGCCCCGGAAAUCAAAUGGGGCAAGCACCCGAACAAGCUCGAUAAGCGCGCGACAGGUUCGUCGCAUACUUAUGACCGCACCCCGCCUUGCUCGCAAGUCUCCGCCAUCACCCAGUGCAGUCAGUUCUUCCAUGAGGUUUCUCUGGACCACCUCAAGGCUGGCACGACGUACUAUUACCAGAUCACUGCAGCCAAUGGUACCACCGAAUCCGAGGUGAUGAGCUUCCAGACCGCUCAAAAGGCUGGUGACGACAAAAAGUUCAGCGUCGCUGUGCUGAACGACAUGGGCUACACCAAUGCCCAAGGUACUCACAAGUACUUGGUGCAGGCUGCCAAGGAGGGUACUGCUUUUGCUUGGCACGGCGGCGACAUCAGUUACGCUGACGACUGGUACUCUGGCAUUCUGCCCUGUGCGGAUGACUGGCCGGUCUGCUACAACGGUACCGACACUGCCUUGCCCGGGAGUGGCCCAAUUCCCGAUGAGUACAAGAAGCCUCUUCCCAAGGGUGAAGUCCCCAACCAGGGCAGCCCUCAGGGUGGUGACAUGAGCGUUCUGUACGAGAGCAACUGGGAUCUCUGGCAGCAGUGGAUGGGCGAUAUCACCACCAAGAUUCCUUACAUGGUUCUACCUGGCAAUCACGAGGCAGCUUGUGCCGAGUUUGACGGUCCUGGCAAUGUUCUCACCUCAUAUCUCAACGAGAACGAGCCCAACACCACUACCGCCAAGAGCGCUUUGACCUACUACAGCUGCCCGCCUUCUCAACGCAACUUCACUGCCUUCCAGCACCGUUUCCGCAUGCCUGGCAAGGAAACCGGUGGCGUCGGUAACUUCUGGUACUCUUUUGAUUACGGUCUUGCCCACUUCGUCUCCAUCAACAGCGAGACCGAUUUUGCCAAGAGCCCUGAGAAGUCCUUUGCUGAGGAUGUGAAGGGCAAUGAGACCCACCCCACGGAGCCCGAGACGUAUAUCACCGAUAGUGGUCCUUUCGGUGAUGUGGACGGCAGCGUCAACGACAACAAGGCUUACGAGCAAUACCAGUGGCUGAAGGACGACCUGGAGAGUGUGAACCGCAAAAAGACCCCUUGGGUCAUCGUCAUGGGCCACCGCCCCAUGUACAGCUCUGCCACUUCAGGUUACCAGAAGAACCUCCGUGAUGCGUUCGAGUCCCUGAUGCUGGAGAACGGUGUUGAUGCUUAUAUCGCUGGCCACAUUCACUGGUACGAGCGACUCUUCCCCCUCGGCACCAACGGUACUAUUGACACUGCUUCGGUGGUCAACAACAACACCUUCUACACCAACGCCGGAAAGUCGAUGACCCACCUGAUCAACGGCGCUGCCGGUAACCUGGAGAGUCACAGUGAGUUCAGCAAGGGUCAGCACUUGCAGAAUAUCACUGUCGUCCUGAACAAGGAGGACUAUGGAUUCAGCAAACUGACCGUUAUCAACUCUACCGCCCUGACCUGGGAGUACAUUGUCGGUAGCGAUGGAUCCGUUCGUGACUCUCUUACUCUGCUGAAGCCUACUGAGAAGAAGUGCCACUAG